CAUUUCGAGGUUGCCCGGAGGCUUGCUCCUCGCUGGGAGCUGCCAGCAGCACAGACGCAGCUGCCCCAGCCGGUGCCGCGCGUGCUCGUGCUGGGGGUGCGGAGGAGCGAGCGAGCACAGAGCUGUGACUCGUCGCUGAACCUGACAUCUCAGAAAGCCACAGAAGCAGUGGACGAUAUCUUUCAGUCCCUCAGGGAUAUCGCAAGAGCUCGAAUGCACAUGAAACAGUUUAAUUCCAUACAUAAUCCAGGCAGCAACACCCACCAGGCUUCUUACAAACCGCUGCUGAAACAGGUAGUGGAAGAGAUCUGUAAUCCUGAUCGACCUGAUCCUGUUGAUAUUGAGCAUGUGUCAUCAGGCCUCACCGAUCUCCUUAAAACUGGAUUCAGCAUGUUCAUGAAGGUGAAUCGCCCUCACCCUGGUGAUCAUCCUCUUCUGAUCAUCUUUAUGGUUGGUGGAGUGACAGUCUCCGAGGUCAAAAUGGUGAAGGAUCUGGUAGCAACACGCAAACCUGGGACCCAGGUAAUCGUGCUCUCCUCUGCACUCCUGACUCCACGUAGUGCUAUUGAGUUGUUGUUUGCCACAGACCGUCUCCAGUCUGACACCGAUAUCUGACGAGGGAGGAUCUGUGGAGAAGAUGAGCCAGUGACUCGGCUGGAAACAACAAACCCCUGGUCUGUCACUCUUCCCAACAGCCUUCCAAAAAAUGACAUGUCCCCUGCUG